GUGUGAAACCACUGGAUCUCUGUAAACAGCUGAGCUGAGAGACCACUGUUCAUGUUGUAACAUUUGUAAGCAUGAAACCACUAAAUAUUAGCAUUAAAGGCUAUUAAAGGCUAGCAAGCAAGAGGCCACUGUUGACAGUUUGAUGAGAUACCUGCCCAUGUGUAUCUCAUCUCACCAAGAGACCGUUGUUUGGGAGCUCACAUUUCAACAUUUGUAAGCAUGAAACCGCGGCAUGUUCUAGGUGAAAACUGGGAGAGAAGGCUGCUGGGAGACGACUGUUUGAGACAUCACAACACCAGUAAGUGUGAAACCACUGGAUAUUUUAAUGGCAGCCACGCAAGAAGGCUUCCAACCAGGAGAGAGACCACUGUUCAAGAUGUGCUUCAAUAUUUGUGAGAGUGAAACCACUGGAUAUUUAUCUAGAGCUGCGUGAGAAGGAUGCUAAGUUAGAGUUAGUGUGAAACCACUGGAUACUCUGCUGUGUUUGUGGAGACAGAACCAGGUGAUGUUUCUGAACCGGACCAGAGCAGAACACGGCAGGGAACACUGGACCUGAAGACAGAAAACUGAGAAAUGUGAGCUGAAGGUGUGAACAGCUGUCAGAUUGAGGCUGUUAUCGGUCCGUCAGCAGCUCAGAGAACAAGAACCGGAGCACCAGUCGUGCAGACAUGGCGUGGCUCCAUCAGAGUCGAGGUUCUCCCAGACUCGUCCUGGUUGUGGUGUGUGUCGCUCUGCUGCUCGACAACAUGCUGCUUACUGUGGUUGUGCCAAUCAUCCCAACAUUCCUCUACGCCAUGGAGCAUCCCAGUCCAGAGCCCCAGGCCGCCCAGCCCUCCCUGCUCCCUCUGCCCAGUCAGAGUGCUCCGAUCCUGGACACACAGUCGGAGCAGAGCCCCUCCUCGUCUCCUCCCACCUUCCCUCCUCUGGUGUCCCUGUUCGACAACACCACCUUCAGCCUGCAGGAGAUCCGGACUGAACCGACUCCAGGAGGCGAUCUGACCAGCUCGACCCCGGACCGGCAGAUCAACGAGACCACUGACGCUGCUGAGUCGUCUUGUCUUCAGGACAGUCUGUUUCUGGAGGAGGAGAAUGUCCGUGUUGGUUUGCUGUUUGCCUCUAAAGCUCUCAUCCAGCUGCUAGUCAACCCGUUCGUUGGCCCGCUCACCAACAGGGUCGGAUAUCACAUCCCCAUGUUUGCUGGCUUCAUCAUCAUGUUUGUGUCCACCAUCAUGUUUGCGUUCUCAGGGACCUACGCUCUGCUCUUCUUCGCUCGCUCUCUGCAGGGAAUCGGCUCGUCCUUCUCGUCUGUGGCAGGUCUGGGUAUGUUGGCCAGUGUGUACACAGAUGAUGAGGAGAGAGGCAUCGCCAUGGGCAUCGCACUGGGAGGACUGGCUAUGGGAGUCCUGAUCGGAGCUCCGUUCGGCAGUGUGAUGUAUGAGUUUGUGGGGAAGAGCGCCCCCUUCCUGAUCCUGGCCUUCCUCGCUGUGUUUGAUGGAGUGUUGCAGCUGUGUAUCCUGCAGCCUUCAAAGAUCUCUCCUGGGAGUGUGGAGGGGACUCCGUUACUGACGCUGUUAAAAGAUCCGUACAUCCUCAUCAGUGCAGGCUCUCUGUGUUUCGCCAACAUGGGCGUGGCCAUCCUGGAGCCAACUCUGCCCAUCUGGAUGAUGCAGACCAUGUGCUCCCCUAAGUGGCAACUUGGUAUGGCCUUCCUCCCUGCCAGCAUCUCCUACCUGAUUGGAACAAACCUGUUUGGUGUCCUCGCCAACAAGAUGGGGCGGUGGCUCUGCUCCAUGUUGGGGAUGUUCAUCGUGGGCAUCAGUCUGCUGUGUGUCCCUUUUGCCACCAGUAUCUACGGUCUGAUUGGUCCAAACGGAGGUCUGGGCUUCGCUAUAGGUAUGGUCGACUCCUCCAUGAUGGCCAUCAUGGGUUACCUGGUCGACAUCCGUCACGCCUCCGUCUACGGCAGCGUGUACGCCAUCGCUGAUGUGGCGCUGUGUAUGGGGUUCGCUAUAGGUCCGUCCACAGGCGGCGCUCUGGUCCGGGCGGUGGGUUUUCCGUCUCUCAUGGUGUUUAUCGGCGUGAUCAACAUCCUGUACGCUCCGCUCUGCUUCCUGUUACGUAACCCUGCUGUCAGGGAGGAGAAGAUGGCGAUCAUCGACCAGGAGUGUGUGAUGCACAGGAAGAGCUACAACACACAGAAGGACAGUCGUGAGUUUCCUCUGAGCGACUACAGUGAAGAAGAGGAGACGGAGGAGUGACACACACACACACACACACACACACACACACACACACACACACACACACACACACCUGAAGAUGUCCAUGUUGUGAUGUUGUCUCUGAACACAUUUUACCUUCAUCAUCAGACUUCCUGUCGUCACAGUCAGAACAGAGCAGACAUCGAGCGCUUCUUAAAGGGACAGUGUCACCUGGCACACGUGUGCUCGUCCACAUUAAACCUUCAGUGGCUCUUUGAAACAGCGACCGUCUGUUACAGUCCAGCUCGGAUCAAACGGGUUCACACAACGCUCAGUCAGCUUUUCACAACCAAUUAAAUCUUUCUGUAUUUCAGAGGAUGUCAGAGUUUUGGAAUCUGGAGUUGGCAGUCACUUUAUUCACUGGCAUGAUGGUUGUGAUGUCAUUCACAUCAACCAGCAAUGAUUGGUCCGUCAGAGCCAAAGGAGGAGUAACCAUAGUGACGGAGGGGCGAUGGCGGACCAACCUAAGAAGCUUCCAGCAGAAGUUAGUGAGGCUCCAGAUGAAAAAGUGACUGUACGUUGUGUAAUUACUCUCACUGCCUGAAGGGGGAGACACAGAGUCCACUGUGUGUUUGAAUGUAGCCAGUAGCUGAUGGAGGCUGUGAUUGGCUCCUUUGAUUCUUUGUGUGCAGCUUUACAGAGUUAUGAAUCUUAGUACAUUUAUGGUAAUUCCACCAGAAGACACCUGAUGACCUCCAGCUGACCGUUAGCUGCGCCCGCUCCCUUCAUCACUGUUACUAUGCAUGAGGGCUGUUGAGCGUUGAACGCAGAUUUAACAUCUAAAUUCACGUUUGGAUCAAUGUGUUCUGGAGUUCAGACGGACGUGAACAGAAGCAGCACUUACUGCUGCACAUUUUGCAGCUAGCUACUCAAAACUAACUCAGUGAGUUGAACACCUGCGAAUGAGCCCAAACAUGCUAACUCAUUAUGCAGAGGCUAAAGCUAACAUUUCCAUGGUACAAAAACAUCAUUGUCAUCAGUUGAAGAUCCACUCAGCCUACGAGCUUAAGAGAUGGAGAUAAAGGAGCAGUGCUUCUGUUUCGGGGCCGCUAACGUUAGCUUUAUCUCUGAUAGCAUCCAGAACAUGGUGGAUAUUCCAGAGCUGAGAGUUAGAAUGAGCUAGUUAGCCAAACAUGCUAACACUAGCAGCUAAUGUUAGAGCAAACACUCUUUAAUUUGGUCUGAUGCUACUGUUGCAAACGGUCAGCUGGACUCAGCCUGUCGAUCAGUUCGUCUGUUUCAUUUAAAUCUCUCUGUUAACAUGAUGUAAACAUGAAGCUUCUCCAUCAAUCGGUCAGGAGGCUGUUUAAACUGAAAAAUACAAUUCAUUCAUAAAUCCCAUAGUUAUUUUAAGGGGUUUGGCAUUAAUUAAAAAGAUUUGCAUGUAAACGUGAGUUUAUUUUGUGUGUCAUUAAUGUUCCAAGUGUCGAGAUGUAAAACUGAGUCUGUAUCUGACCUCUGAUCUGAGUCACCAUUAAAACCUGCAGUAACCUGGACAACACCGGCUCACCUGUGUGUGUUCGUCUGUCCUCAACACUGUGGAGUGUGAGACUCUGUGUGUGUGUGUGUGUGUGUUCACAUGCUUCUUAUCUGCUCUUUAAUUUCCUGUCACGGCUCGUUUGUUCGUCAGAGGAAUAGAUGGCUGGACAGACAAAAGCGCCGUCGGAUGGAAAGGCAAACAGGAAGUGGAUGAAAAACUGGCAGACUUUUCUUUCAUGGAGUCAUUUCACCACAACAACAAACACUGACGCUCAUAUUCUGAGUGUUUGCCCUGAUACAAGAACACAAUAGGAAGCUUGUUACAUCACAGGAUGAAUCAUGGGAACUCAGACCAGCUGACGUCUGUUCUUCA